AUGGAUGGUAUGAAGAAAAGAUCGAAGCCUAUCCAACGAAAAAAUGUGUGGUUUUCAGCUCAGAUCCAGCUACUGAUUGAAAUGUGGGAGGACAAAAUUAAUGAUCUUCGUGGUAGUCGAAAAAACAGUCAUGUGUAUGAAGAGAUCAAAGAGUCGUUCAAGCCACAUAACAUCGACGUUUCAACAAAAGAAAUAAAAAAUCGAAUUCACAAUUUAACCGCGCGGUACAGGAAAGAAAAAGCAUCAAUCGGUCCAUCAGGUGGAUCUCCUUCAUCGUGGCCAUAUUAUGAUAAAGUUCAUAAAAUACUCGGUAGCUUCAAAAUAAAUAAUAUCGAAUCGAUCAUUGUGGAUAGUAUAGAAAAUAAUACCGGUUGUAACUAUCACUUGAAAGCAUGA